GAAGAGCAUUGAUGAUGAUGAUGAUAAAAUGACAACAUCUGCCUUUCUUUUCCUUAUGACAUCACCGGUAGUUGCUUUAAUGAAAAUAAUACAACAUUGUAACUCCAUAAUGCCAAACAACUUCUGUGUGCCUCACAAGCUUGUUGACUUUAACCAGGUCUUCUCUUUAACUCUACUUUUCCAUUUCUUGUAAGAAAUUAUCCAAGAAAACAAAAAUCUAAAUAUGGGUAGCAUUGGAGAAGAAGAGCUCUUUGAUCAAAUGGUUAGAGACUACUAUGAGUCAGAAUCAAACACACCCAAUAAUAUUCCUUCCAUCAUCAUUUCUUCUAGACAUCAAUCCAUUUUGCAGGGCAUUCUUUUGGAGGCUACUGAUUUUGAGAAACAGGUUCUGGAAAGAGUUUUGAUGUAUAUCAGAAACAUGGGAGAACCCAGUAGUCUGAAGAAAUGGGUGGUGAUGAGACUGCAAAUUGAUGGCUAUAAAGCUUCUCUUUGUAAAACUUCUUGGGUUUCCACUUCUGCUCGCUCUAAAGUAUUCCAAUACGUAGGAGAUUACGAGUACAUAGAGGUGAUGAUGAACAUUAAUAACAGUGGGAAGCCGACAAGAAUCAUAACAGACAUGGAGUUCAGGACUCAGUUUGAGGUGGCAAGGCCUACACAGACAUAUAAAGAGCUCAUCGCCACUCUUCCUUCAAUCUUUGUUGCAACUGAAGAGAGGCUUAACAAGAUAGUCUCUCUGAUAUGUUCAGCUGCAAAAGAAUCACUUAAAGAAAAGGGUCUCCAUAUUCCUCCUUGGAGAAAAGCUAAGUACAUGCAAUUGAAAUGGUUCUCCAAAAACUGCAAAAAGGUCUCUGUCUCCCCCAGCACUGAAAUGGGUUCGCAGGAAAAUGUUGAGAAAGGUACUGUUAUUACUAAUUCUACUGCUACUGCUAAAUGUUGUCCUUCCUUAUUUUAGCCGAAGGGCAGCUGCAAUUAGAGAAUAUAGAUAGAAAAACAGAUUAUAUGUUUGAUUCUGUGUAGUCCAAUACAAAUUUUGGUAUGAUAUAUUUAUGUAUGUGUUUGAAGUUUUUCCUUCUCUUGAUCA